AUGACGAUCCCACGAUACGGAGUCUGGCGCGGGACGGCUACUAAGUGGGAGCCGACGCAGCGCGAUAAUGACCACGGGCACAUCACCUUUACGGACGGCGAGUCGGACGACCUUGACUGUGCCGUCGACGUCAAGUCCAAGGACUCAGACUCGCGCAUCGUGUUUUGGGAUGUAGUGUCGUUCGACAGCACGCACCCAUUGACCCAGAAGCUGGACCAGCUGGCUCAAGGCUACCAUGCGAUCACCGAUCACACAUCCAACGGGCUUGGCUUGGACUAUUUGAAGGGCAAACUAGUAAAUGUAAACCAGGGGCGUAUUCUCGAUUACCAGGAGAACGGACCUGACAAUGAUAUCCUCGACUUCUUGAACCCUAUCCUCAAUGCGGCUGUGUCGCAAGGGGCUGACAUGUACUUGUUUGGAAGCAAGUACAGCUCGGACGAUGGAAUCCACGACAUCCACAUGAACCAAGGCGACGCGGGCAGAUUUGCCAAGGAGAACGGUGUAUACCAAGACGGCGGCAUGAUCUUCAACUUUGGGUCAGAUGGCGAGAUGACGGGCUGGCAGGGCGUUUUUCUGGCAUUUGCUACGCAGGCCGAGCAGACUGAUUCAAAGGGCAAUGCCAUGGGCCCCACGUUCGCGCAGACUCUGGGUUGA